AUGCGCACCUACCGGGUAGACCCGCCGAGGCCAUCCCGUCAGGAUCUCAGAGACGAGUUGAAUGCCCGACGUGCCUGGGCCGAUGUCAACAACAACCAGGUUAUUGAAAGCGAGCUUGACCGUAAGCUCAGAGAGAUGAACACAAAGAUCGCGGCCCUGGAAAGGGGAAUGGCACCAGAAGAAAGCUUCAGGCCAAGACAACAUCCCUUUACAAGGGAACUUAUGAGGGCAGAACUUCCAAGAGGUUUUAAACCCCCGGCGUUCGAGGCCUAUGAUGGGAAGGGCGAUCCCAAUGACCACAUCAGUUACUUCAAAGCCAUGAUGACGGUCUAUAGUGGGUCCGAUGUAGUAUCCUGCCGAUCUUUCCCCACCUCUCUCAAGGGGCCCGCGGCAUUGUGGUUCACCAAGUUAAAGCCUAAUUUGAUCAGAGGGUUCACGGAGUUGGCCAAAGCCUUCGUUAGCCGCUUCCAAAGUAGCGUGAAGCAGAAGAAAACUACAGCCAAUUUGUUGGCUGUCAAGCUGCGCGCUGACGAGUCCAUCAGAGAUUACAUUACCCGCUUUAACGCGGAGAGCCUGGAGAUCAAGGACCUAGACGAUGCAAUGGCUUUCAACGCCUUGCACAACGGAGUCACCAACCACGAUCUAGUAAAGUCGCUUGCGCUAGAUCUGGUGAUGACUAUGCCACAGCUAUUGGAUCGUUGUUACCAAUACGCCAACAUGUUCAAUAUCAUGAAGGCGAGAAAAGCAAUGGAUGGAAAAGCUCCUAAGAAGAAAUGGACGAGUGAAAAGGAAGACAAGAAGAAGGACGCCAAGAGAGCAAGGUCAGAAAGGGAUUCAAGUCUCGAGUAUACCCCGCUCAAUACCACCAGGACUAAAAUCCUUAUGGAGGUAUCGGAUCGAGGACUGUUGCAACGACCCCGACCAAUGUUCUCAAAAUCGGAGGAUCAGAACCCAAAUAAGUUUUACGAGUUCCACCAAGAGAUAGGCCAUAACACGAAAAGCUGCAGACAGUUGAAGAGGGAAAUAGAAGACGUGAUCCAGAAAGGCCACCUGAGGCGUUACGUUAAGAAGGAGGCAGGGGAUAACCCCUGA